CGUACCUACGCGGAUACUAUCGCUGCGCAGGCCGACCUAACCCAGAGUUCUACUCAAAAUCAGCCUCAGACCGUGAGAGCCGUGGCGCUGUUAGUUGACUGCCGAAUUGGCUGCUCCGGCCAGCAAAUGAUCCGUCACUAUUGUGUAGCAGAAGGAACUACACAUGCUUGAAAAGUCCGCCCGGAAUACAGAGCGAUUUUGCACUCUGUUCGGGCGAAGUCACGCCGCGUGCUCUGUGUUACCUGUCGAGUGCGCGUGCCUACCUUAUUAUUCGUGAUUACCGCAUAACUGUUUCGUGUGUUCUUUUUUUAAUUUGCUCUCAUUCAAGCCGUAUCAUUGUAUUCAUUUUAAUCUAAUCGAUAUAUGAAAUAGUAUGGUAUCUCGUGACACGUUUCUUCUGACACUAGCCUUAGUGUCUGCAUUUUUGGUUGUUUCUAUGGAUGCUCAAUCCUGGGACGUGGCUGUAGCAAUUCGUAAUCGGAUUGAUUUUUUUUCAAAAAAUGGAACCCAGACUUUCAAUUUGACAGUUGACAAGGAUGCGGAGCUGAGAGGCCUUGCCUUUGAUUACGUCACACAAACAGUGUACAUGAGUGAUUCAAAAAAUUCAGAUAUUUUCAUGUACAGCCAUAAGCUGGACGAGAAAUCUUCCGUGUCACCGUCUGUACUAAAACCUGAGGAAGGUUCAAAAUCAACAGCAGUGGGGAUAGUAUUUGAUCCCUCUGAGCGAACGCUCUAUUGGACCGAUCAAUCACUCAACGCAUUAAUGAAAAUGAAAAUACCUUCAGAAGAAAAUCCUAAGCCUACGCCAAUUCGGUUGCACAAUUUUACAGACCACAAACCUCAUGGUAUAGCGCUAGAUAUCUGCAACAAACACAUUUAUUGGGCCAACAGUUAUUCCUCUAAACAUAGCAUAGAACGAUCAAACCUGGAUGGUUCUGAUAGGAAAGUAAUUGUUGAUACUGAAUUGUUUCGAGCUUACGGAUUAGCUGUUGAUCAUGAAGGUGGAAAAUUGUAUUGGACUGACGACUCGGAAGGUUAUAAGUAUAAAAUUGAGCGCAGUGAUUUGAAUGGAAAUGAAAGGGAAAAAUUGUGGGAGGGUACGUCUCAGCAACCAGUUUACAUCGCGGUGGACAAGGACACAGUGUAUUGGACGGAUUGGGGAUCAAACGCAGUCUGGAAGAUAGGAAAGAACCCUACCACCGAAGAAGAACCAGUCAAAUUUGUGAAAUACAAAAUAUUGCGUCCCCGUAAUCCUUUUAUCGAGAGUAUAAUAACUCGGGAGAAUACUGAAAAUAUUGACUGUGAAGCUAUAUUGAGAAGACAAAAUAAACCGGUCAAAAAUAUCGUGCUGCCAGCGUCUCCUGACGAGUUCCAUAAUCACGUCACGAAUGACACUGCAGAAACAACCCAGAUAGACAAAAACUGCCGAAACAACAGCUAUUAUGAUGAAUCAACUUCAUCUUGUCGUUGUAACGAAGGAUUCAUUGGAGUUAAUUGCGAAACACUAUCCCCAUGCAAUAAUUAUUGCAUACAUGGAAACUGCACACUUGACAAUAAAGGCUUGCCUCAAUGUCGUUGCACGAGUUCGUAUGUUGGGAAAAGAUGUGAGCGAUAUAUUUGCGAUGGGUAUUGCCUGAACGAUGGUUUUUGCUCAGUGUCGAAUGCGAUGCCAUCGUGCAAAUGUGAACAUUCUCGAGGACCUCGUUGCGAAUAUACUACAGAAUUAGAUGAACUUUGUUCCCAAUAUUGCAUGAGACCAGAAAAUACAUUGACUGGUAUCAACAUUACAUUAUGCAGGUGUGGCGAAUGGAACGGGACCUUCUCCGAGUUCUCCUUUUCUGCCGAACAACCUAUGUCAUCAACCAUAAUUGUAUGGACUCUUGUAGCUGUUAUUGGAACACUAACAAUAGUCGUUGGUGUGCUGAGUUACCACGUCCACAAACUCAGACGUCGACCCAGGAUCAGGAAACGUUUCGUUGGUGGCAAGCGUGGGAAUACUCAGCUUACAUCUAGACCCCAAGGACCAACCGAUAGUUACGAAAUUUCUAUAGAGAACUGCUGCAACAUGAACAUAUGUGAAACACCUUGUUUUGAACCAAAACUUCGAACUACACCAACUAAAAGUAAGAGUACAAAAAAGGACGAGAAGAAUUCGCUCCUGGACAGUAUGGAGGGUGCGGAUUCUUGCUAGCUGAGACUUAUAUAUUGUACGUAAGACGGCCAAUGUCACACAGGUUUUCCUUUGGGACCGUGCAGUCUUAAAAUUCAAUAUAGGUAUAUGUACAUAUACUGAAAAAAAACUUAAGUAUUGUUGUUAAGUUUGUUAAUAUGUAUGGCGCGUCAGCAUUGCAAGGUGCAUAAGUUUGGAAUCAUUUAUCAGGUCAUUGCAAAGGAUAUAUUAUCUUUUAAAUGAUUAUUAACCAAAGUGAGUGCAAAGACGAUAAAGUAUGUCUAUACUUUACAAAAUGUGCACCGUUUCCAAAUUUAUGGUCUGCAGAUCAACUUGGACUGCAAUUUUUUUUGGAUAACUGUUAGUUAUGUAUGUACAUAUUUCCUCUCUUAAGAUAUUCACAAAUAGAAGAAAACAUUUUUUAAACGAUUUUUUUCUGCCCUUCCAUGCCUUCGUAUUUUUGUAUUGCGCUACUGUAAAGGGCUUGUCAGUAGAAGGGAGCAUCAGUGACAUGAACAAAACCUUGUCAACAUUAUUGAAAUGUUAUAAUUUCAAUAUGUGAUUUUAGUUAGUUUUACACACAAUUAUAGGCCAUUGCUUUACAUUAUUUACACACCUAUUAUAUGAUCUGAAUAUAAUUAUUGAUGUAACGUUUUUCUCCUUGGAGAUCGAACGCUUUACAAGUUAUAGCUGUCAUUUUUGUUUCCGGUUUCACUUCUCUAUUUAAUUUCAUCUAAGAUGAACUAUCAUGUCUCAUAACUAAUACAAACCAAGGACAAUCAAUCAUUUGUAAAUGAAUCAGAGAUCAGGUUCUUGGCACAUGUGAUAUUACAAAAACCAAGUUGAAACGAAAAUCUGCCGAUUCAACUUUUGCAGGCUUUUUAAUUAGAUCGUGAAGCAUUGCACAGAGGUGGUAAAGAAGUAUCUGUGAAAUAAUUUGAAAACG